GCGUUUCGAGCUAGGUUGAGUUUCCUCCUGCGGACGGCCAGGUCGCACUCCAGGCACGCGGCGCGCCCGCCUCUCUCGCAGUGCUGGCCCACCGGGGCUCGGCGUGCACUAGUGCACGCCGAGACGGGAGCCAAGGGCAGUCGUUUCUUCGCGCUCAAAGGCGACACUGUGGAGCUCGCGACGGCGAUAUUCACUCCGUCGCUGCUCGUGUUCACAGCUCUCAGCGGCUGGGCGGCGCUCACCAUCGCCCGCGAGCGCUUUGUGUGGCUGGAGAACGCCGAGGAGGCGGUGUACCAGAACCACUUUGCCGGGAAUCCGGCGGUGAAUAUGACACGCGGGCAGCUCAAGAAGCUGCUGAGCGCCGGCCGCUGGCAGACGUGCGAGGUCGACACCACGGUGAUCACAUACCGAGGGAAGGAGCAGCCGCUCGUCCUGCUGCUCGAUGGCACCGCCCGAAUCACCUCGACGGCGACGAUGAGGGCGGGCGACCCAGGCUACCACGUCGACGGCGACGAGCCGCUCGAGCACGAGGUCGUCAUUGAGCGAGGCCGCGGGCUGUAUGGCGAGGUCUCCUUCCUGCACUCGAUGACGGCGCGGGACGAGCCGAGCGCCGCUCGGGACGAGGCGGGCGCUGAUGUGCAGCUGAGCGCGGGCAGCCGAUACAUCGUCUGGGAGGGCGCCGCGCUGCGGAAGCUGCUCUGGGGAGACCGCGCGCUCGCCAACGCCUUCAACGCCUUUGUCGCCAUCACGCUGGGCGGCAAGCUGUACGACUCGACUCGCUCGGUUGGCCAGGCGGCGGGCGACCUGCACCGCGCCGCCGCGACGCUGGAGGAAGCCGAGUACGCGCGGGCAGCCGUCGGCGUCGCGCUGCUUACCCUUGUCGACACGAUCCACUCCGUGUCGGAGAGCGUGCGCAGGGCGGGCGGCGUGACCGGCGAGUUGACCACGGCUCUCACCGGUCCCGGCACCGGCGCCAAGCUGCACGCGUCCCUCGACGAGCUGCGCCGGAAUCAGGCCGCGUGCGGGGACGCGCACGAGCGCGUGAUCAAGCGCGAGCUCGGCGGCGUCGGCGCGGCUGCACAGCGCGACAGCGGCCCCUCUCUGCUCGAGGAGAGCGAGCGGGUCGCCAGGUACGUCAUCGACAAGCACGCGGAGAGCGAGGGUGCUCUCGGCGACAAGGGCAAGGUGCAGCCGAUCGUGCGGCAGAGGAGCGCCGAGCGGAGCACAAGCGCAGCCCAGGCCACGGCUCUGCAGACCGCCAAGGCGCCAAAUUGAAGCUCCGGAGCUCAGCGCAUGCCUAGGAGCGAGGGCCUACGUUGUGGACUGGUACGUUGUGGGGUUGUGGGCAGACAAGCACUAGCACAAGCACGUUGUGGGCUGGAUCGUGAUUCGUGACGCGCGGAUUAGGAUUACAGGGACCGUCAGGGUACUGACUGUACGGUACAGUAGCUGGAAGCUG